CGGCUCCGGGUGCCCUGUAUCGGGGGGCUCAGGGCAGCCUGGGAGUGUCCCCCACACAAAGUGCCACCCGCCCGUGGGGCGACCUGGGCCCCUGGCUGGCUUCCCAGCUGGGGAGGCCUGGGCUGACUGGGAGCGAGGUGGGAGGGCUGGGGCUCCUGGCUCUGGGGUGCAGCACAGUGGUUGUGGUGUCUGAGUGUGCGUGUGUGUGGACAGCCAGGGCUCCGCUACCCGUCUUGCCCCAUUGGGAGCGGCCUUUAGCCCUGUCACGCUAGCUCCUUCCACCCCUGAAAUACCCAUUUCCCCAACCCCCUCCUUCCCCCCCAAAAUCGUGUUACUACUGAGAGCAGAUGCCACCCAGGGAAAACCAGGUGGCUCCGGAUUUCCACACUGAAUAAUCUUCCAGGGCCCCAUCGUGCCAGGCGCUGCACAGACAGGCCGUGCCCCGAAGAGCUUGCAGUCUAAACAGACAAAAGGCCCUGCAGGUCUGCCUUUCGGGGGGCUCCAGGGUGAGGUGCCAGGAUGGAGAUGGGUGAGCAGGUGCUGCACAUCCUGGAGGAUCUGGGAGAGGAGGAGUUCAAGAAGUUCAAGUUUUACCUGCUCCAUGGGGGCAUGGCUCCCCGCGUACGCCGCGGGAAGCUGGACGGCGCCUCCCGCAUCCAGGUGGCUGAGCUGCUGAUGCAGACAUACCCCCAGGAAGCGCUAGACAUCACCAACCAGGUGCUGUGCAAUAUCCCAAGGCUGGACCUGGUCCAGGGCCACCAGCUCCAGACAGGAGGAGAUGCUGGGAACAGUGGCGAUGAUGCAAAUCGCAGUGAGGCUGUGAAUAGCGGCGCCAGGGCAAGUGAGCUGCAGGCCUACGAGAGGCAGAGUCUGGUUUCAGAGCAGCAGCUGAUGCAGCUGGCAGGGAAAAUGGGCAAGUCCUGGAAGCAGAUCGGCAUCGAGUUUCUGGGCCUGGAGAAUCACUGUCUGGAGCAGAUCGAGGAGAACAAUCCCGGCAACACCAAACUGCGAGCUUUCAGCAUGUUCUUGGAGUGGAGGAAACGAGCGAGGCAGGAGGCCACUGUCAUCUGCCUUCUCUCCAUCCUCUCCCAGGACGGGGUGCCCCUCCAGCCCGAGGACCUCGACUGCCUCCGGGACACAGGCAGGGCCUAAGGAGAUCUGGGGGGCUUAGUCCAGGGCAGCGGUUCUCAACCAAGGGUCCGCGAGCAGGGCCAGUGUUAGCCACUCUGGGGCCCAGGGCAGGAAGCCGAAGCCCUGCUGUGCAGGGCUGAAGCCUGGGGCCCUGAGCCCUGCGUCCGGGGCUGAAGCCUGGGGCCCUGAGCCCCGCCUCCGGGGCUGAAGCCGAAGUCUGAGCAAUGUAGGUUGGUGUGGGACCCUGGCAAGUUGCCCUGCUUGCUACCUUCUAAUGCCAGCCUUGGCUUUUAUAUGCAGAUAAACAGUUGUGGCCCUGGUGGGCCAUGGAGUUUUUAUAACAUUGGGAGGGUGGGGGGGCAUUCAGAAAGAAAAAGGUUGAGAACCCCUGGUCCAGGGGAUGGAGUGGCCUUGACAGUGGCGCUUUAGUUUUGGGGUGUCUGAUUUAAGACCCCCCAGGGCCUGGCUUGCAGAGAGGCCGAGCACCCACCACUCCCACUGAUCUUAGCUGGAGUGGAGGGUGCUCGGAAACCAGGCCAUGGGUGGCACCGAGGAAUCAGUGGCCACUUUGAAAAAUGCUGGCCUCUGUCCUGCCCCAUGCCUCAGUUUACCUACAUGUGCAGUGGGGAAAACAUGGCCAGAUUCUCCAAAGAGCUCAGUGUCUAGCAGCUCCCAUUACUUUACCUCAGCCAGAGAGGCCCUUGAGGUGGGUGGUUGCUCAGGGUGCCAGAUGUACCUCCUUUAAAGCCACUUUCACUGCCAGCAGCCUCAAGUGCCACUGAGUCAGGCCCCAGAGAUGUGUCUGGCUGCUUCCCCCAUCCAGCCUGCCACCAAUUGCUAGCUGGGGUGGGUCAGUCCAAGUAGGGGGCCCAGGAUAGCCCCAGAGAAUGGAUUCAAGAGUGGGGGCAGAUGGAGAGGGAGGAGACACCUGUGAUCUGGGACAGCUAUAAAGUGGGAGACCCUUUGCCCACUCACAGGCACAUCACUCGAAGAAGAACCUGGGGGAUCCACUCCCCCGAUCUCUCCUUGGGGUCUCAUCUAGGCAGCUCUUUUUUAAAGACCGUUUUUACCAAGAAGCACAAUUGAAGCCUUUUUAUACUUGCAAAGAAAUAAACUUUCUCAAAGCCAGCGCAGCUCAGGCCCUGCUUCUCACUGAUUAUAAUCACAGCUCAACCCCACGUAGUUGGAUUUUAUCCCAGCCCCGAUGCAGAGCCCUGCAAGAGGGGCAGGAAGCUGUCUUGCUCUGGGGCCACUUGGCUACGCUGCUGGCCAGGACAGACUAAUAAUAGCUAGAGCUCUGCAGCGGGACUGGGAUACCGCAGGACCCACUGUCAUCACAGCGGGAGCAGGUAAAAUGUACUUUGUUUCAGAUGGGAUUGGGUGGGCAAAAAAGCAGACUGCGGUAAUUUGCAGGAAAACAAAAUGCAAGUUUAGCUGCACCUGCUGUUCAAAUUGACCACCUUAUCGAUCACUUAGCUUGAGUCUUCUUUAAAAAUUUCUAUCAAAAACCUAGAGCGGUGAGCAGUGUUGCCGCUAAAUGUUUUUCAGAAAGCAAGAGUAAUCCUGAUCUAUACGUAACUUGAAUGGUUUGUUUCAAAUUUCCCAAACCGGUGCUAGCACGGUGUAAAACAUUCCAGUUUCUUUAAACAACUUUUUAUCAUUAAAAAAAAAAUCUGCAUCUUUUAAGAGAAAGUGUUGGCGUAAUUUGUUUUGACGUGAUAUGCGAUCUACACGACAGCAGUGUGUCAUAAAUAGAAUUUCAGCAAGGUAAAGCAAGCUUUUUUUUUUUAAAUAAAGGUUUUGAUACCUCAAUUUAAACGAGGGAUAGAAAGAGAUUUGAUGUCUAUUCUAGGAGUUAAAGUAUUAUUUUUAUACGGUUUAAGCAAAUUUUGUUUUAUUCUUUCAGUGGUAAAAUUGUCUGAAUUCCAUUUUUAUAUAUAAUAUAUUAACCGACGGUUGUGUUUUGUUAGUAGGCUGGGGGAGUCUGUCUCUCUCUUGUGGGAUUUGCGGGACCUAAAGUUUUUGUGGGUGGGAGCUGGGGGGAGUGGGUAUU